AUGAGAGGUCUUGUCUCACUUGCUUGGGGCAGGCUUGCCACCGCCCUGUUGCUGGUGUUUGUCCACCUCAACUUGGCAGCUGCCCUUUCAGUCCCCAGGUAUUCCGAACUUGAGGCUCGAACUCGGGCCGACUUGGACGCCAAUACUGUGAGAAGGGAGCUCGGAAGCCGUCUUUCACCCGGCACGCUCAUCUUCGGACCUAGCGAUGGGAAGUUCCCUGCUACCACAGCAAGAUGGAACACAUUUGCCCCCCCACAGAUCCAGGUUGUUGUUCAACCUGCAAGCGAAGCAGAUGUGGCCAAGAUUGGAGACCAGGUGCAAUACUGCAAUGCCAACGGCAUCGAUUUUCUGGCCACUAAUGGCGGCCACGGGAAUAGUGCCAGUUUGGGAACCUUCACUGGCGUUCAAAUUAGCAUGGCAUUGCUGAGAACCAUUACCAUCCAGCCGAAUAAAAAGUCUGCUUGGUUCCAAGGUGGUGUCUACGGCGGCUUGGUCACCAAAUACCUGUGGGAACGGGGUUUUGUCACAACCACCGGUUCCUGCGAUUGCGUCGGUCUCCUUGGGGCUGCGUUGGGGGGCGGUCAUGGAAGACAUGAAGGCCUCUACGGCAUGGUGGUAGACAACCUCCUCCAGCUCAACGUCGUCCUCGGCGACGGCAGAGCCAUCCGCGUCAGCCCGACAAGCAAUUCAGACCUCCUCUGGGGCAUGAAAGGCGCCGGCCACAACUUUGGCAUCGUCACCUCCUUCGAACUCAACAUCUUCCCCCGCGGCCCCGACACCUGGCACUACCACAACUACAUCUGGACCGGCGCCCAGCUCGAAAGAGUCUUCACCUCCCUCAACCGCCUCCACAACAACGGCUCAACACCGGUAAACAUGGCCCUCAAUUUCGGCUUCUUCUUCAUGAACACCACCGUAUCCACCACCGACCCGAUCCUCUCCUGGACAUUCGCCUACCGCGGCCCGGCCAACGAAGCAGAGGCCCUCCUGGCCGAAUUCAACGCCAUCCCAUCAGUCUACAACGAGCAAGGCGACGUGCCCUACAGCGGCGUCUCCAAAGUCCAAGGCAACGCCGAAGAUGACUUCAUCUGCCAAAAAGGCAACAAGCGCAUCACCACCACCGCCGGCCUCCAAGUCUACAACCUCACCGCCGAGCGGCUCAUCUACAACGGCUUCCGCGCCCGCGCCAUUUCCCAUCCUACCCUAGCCGCCGGCGCGGGCAUCCUUCACGAGGGGUACUCUACCGCCGGUGUAGGCGCCAGGAACCCGGCUGAUGCCGCGUACCCCUUCCGGUCUGACCACCAUCUGAUGCUCUUCAACGGUGUCGUCCCGCCAAACGAUCCUGUUCUCGAGGAACUGGCGUGGGAGUGGGCGAAUGAGGUGAAGGAUAUGUGGAAUGCGGGGCAGCCGACGCGGACGGAAAACAACUAUGUCAACUAUGCCAAUGGGUACGAGGACUUGGAGACGGUGUACGGGCGAGAGCCGUGGAGAUUGGCGAGGUUGAGGGCGCUGAAGCAAAAGUAUGAUCCGCAGAACAAGUUUAGGUUUUACAACCCUAUUGUCGAGCCGAGAGAGGGCAAGGGUAAGGGUAAAGGGAAAGGAAAGGGGAAGAGGAGGUGGUUUCAGGGGUAA